AUGAAUUUUUAUCCUCCUUACUUAAAAAAUCAAAACCAAAACCUUCUAUACUUCACUGAAGAUUCUCUCUCUAAUAUCUAUUGGGAAUUAGAAGAUGUCGUUAAUUACUUCAAUGGUGAUAUCAAUUUCAAGAAGGACUCACAAUCACAAACAAAGGAAUCAUUAUUAUUACCAUUAUCUUUAUAUGCUGAAUCCAACUCUUCAUUUCCAUUGCUAAGCAAUGGAUCACUAGAAGUCUCAUAUAAUAAUACUACUAUUUAUACACAAGUGAUCAAAGAAACAGAAACAUCAUUGUCAUUGCCAUCCAAAAAGAACAAAAACAAAAAGAAGACAUCGUCAUUAGCAUCAUCCUUGCCACUACCAGCAAUUAAAGAAAGUAACAAAAGGGUGCUUAGAGGAGUACGAAGAAGGCCAUGGGGGAAAUUCGCGGCCGAGAUAAGGGACUCGACAAGAAAAGGGGCUAGGGUAUGGCUUGGAACAUUCAACACGGAGGAAGAAGCCGCUUUAGCUUAUGACCAAGCCGCUUUUUCAGCAAAAGGUUCAUUGGCAGUGUUGAAUUUUCCGGAGGAUGUAGUUAAAGAUUCACUCAAAGAAAUGGCUAUAAAUUCUGAGCCUUUAGAAGAAGGUACUUCUCCUGUGUUGGCAAUCAAGAGAAAAAUCAAGAGAGAACACAUUGCGAGAAAAUCAUCCAAUGAGGUUAGUAAAAAGAAAAUAAAAAUUGAUCAUAAUGGUGAUCGAACAAAGAGAGAGACCAAUACUAAAUCUAAACAUGUGUUUGUCUUUGAAGAUUUGGGUGCUGAAUAUCUUGAGCAACUAUUGAGCUUAACUUCUUAG